AUGUUGCGAACUGUUGACCUCAUAGAAACUGCUGACCUCAUAGGAACUACUGACCACAUAGGAACUACUGACCUCAUAGAAACUGCUGACCUCAUAGGAACUACUGACCUCAUAAAAACUGCUGACCUCAUAGGAACUGCUGACCUCAUAGAAACUACUGACCUCAUAGGAACUGCUGACCUCAUAGAAACUGCUGACCUCAUAGAAACUGCUGACCUCAUAGGAACUACUGACCACAUAGGAACUACUGACCACAUAGGAACUACUGACCUCAUAGAAACUGCUGACCUCAUAGGAACUACUGACCUCAUAGAAACUGCUGACCUCAUAGGAACUACUGACCACAUAGGAACUAUUGACCUCAUAGAAACUUCUGACCUCAUAGAAACUACUGACCACAUAGAAACUACUGACCACAUAGGAGCUGCUGACCUCAUAGGAACUACUGACCUGAUAGGAACUACUGACCUCAUAGGAACUGCUGACCUCAUAGGAAUGUUGCACGUUACAUAG